AUGGGCUCACCCAGAUAUUUGUUACUUGCUGUUGUUAUCUUGACAUACUUUGCCACUGUAUUAGCCAAUGUUACUCUCAUGCUGUUGAUUUUCCUAGAUACAUCUCUACACAAGCCUAUGCAUAUAUUUUUAUUCAGUUUAAUCUUGAAUGGGCUUAUGGGAAGUACUGCUGUUUGGCCAAUGGUUAUGAAUAUAUUAUUGACCAACAGCCCUCUAAUCUCAUAUGAAGGAUGUCUCAUCCAAGCAUUUUUCAUUAUAACCUAUGGAUCUUGCAACUUCUCUAUGCUGACAGUGAUGGCUUAUGACAGAUUUGUGUCCAUAUUUAAGCCUUUGCAGUACCAUACCAUCAUGACCCCAAAAAGAGUAAAGCAGCUGUUGUUUCUUGCAAAUGUCGGCCCUACAGCUUUAGUGCUUUUCCAAAUAUGUCUAUCUUCUCAGCUAUCUUUAUGCAGAUACAAGGUAAAUAAGUUAUACUGUGAUAAUGUAUCCAUAACUCGCUUAUCAUGCGGUGGCAGUCAUGCCAUUAAAAAUCGCAUUAGCAACCUGUAUGGUAUAGUUUGCAUUAUAGUUAUUGUAGCCUUGCCGAUGGUUCUUAUUGUAUCGUCUUAUGUUAAAAUUAUAAUGUUUACCUUUAAAGCUUCAAAGACUGCAAGAAAGAAAACAUUUGAUACCUGCUUUUCACACAUUAUUGUUUUCAUAAAUUUCUCACUGGUGACACUGUUCUCACUCAUUUAUAAUCGCUUAAGUGCUUACUUACCAGGAGAGUACAACAUUGUCGCAUCAAUAAAUUAUAUCCUUGUUCCACCAUUGUUGCAUCCAAUCAUAUAUGGCAUAAAAACAAAGGAAUUUAGACAAAGGUUCUCAAGAGCCUGGAGAAAAAUUGCCAUCAGACAGGGUGUUUGA